ACAAGUUAAGAUUAUGGAGACCAGGGCUUUUGUGGAAGCAAGCUAGCUAGAAAGUGUUGUUGAUGUUGAUGAUCUGGUUGUUUUCUAAUUAAAGUUGGUUCUAGCUAAUUUUCACAUAGCCUUCUCAGGACCAUUUUGACAUGGGUGAAAACAAAGGAGAUACAAGUAAGAAGUUGCCACAACAAGCACCGCCGCCACAACCACCUGCUCAGCAACAAACACAGCAGCAACUUUCUUCUUCUGAUCCGAAAGAUCCGCUAGACGAAUCAAAUUUAGAAUCGUCAAGGCAUCAACAUCACCAGCAAUCCUCUGCUGUUGCGGUGAGUGGAGCUCCUUUCAUAUCCCCCUCUCUUUAUGUCCAAAUUGGUGCAACUUCUUCCCCAUUUGAGCAACAGUUUGAGCCAGUGAAUCCAAAGAGAACCAGGUAUAGUAGCGGUCAAUGGAAGCUACUACCAUCUCCUUCAUCUCAACAGAAACAGACCCAGAUAGCUAUUCAGCCUAUACUCGCCGCCGCAGAGUCCAGUCCAUCGCCGACCACAAACCCCAUCAACUCACAAGCUCAAGUAGCUCAGACGACCGCGGCCUCCUCUUCAGACACCGCAUCAUCUCCAUCCCACUCUCCUAUCCCAUCCAUCUCAGCAGGAUCAGGCCAAGAUACGAAUAAACCAGAAGGAGAGCAAGUUCACCACCAAUACAGAAAAGGGAAGUAUGUGAGCCCAGUAUGGAAACCAAACGAGAUGUUGUGGUUAGCCAGAGCGUGGAGGAUUCAGUAUCAAACCGGGUCUGAUGGGUCAAGAUCCGAUCACACAGAAGGUGGUCAAGGCGGCAGUGAGAUGAAUGUGCAAUCAACAAGAGGGAAAACUCGUGCUGAUAAAGACAGGGAAGUAGCUGAGUUCUUGAACAGGCAUGGGGUCAACCGAGAUGCCAAAACUGCGGGGACAAAGUGGGACAACAUGUUGGGAGAAUUUAGGAAGGUGUACGAGUGGGAAAGAGGUGGAGAGAGAGAGCAAAUCGGUAAGAGUUACUUCAGACUUUCACCUUAUGAGCGGAAGCUGCACAGAUUACCCGCUUCUUUCGAUGAGGAAGUGUUUGAAGAAUUGUCUCAGUUCAUGGGUCCUCGCAUGAGAACUUUGCAGAGCAGGGCUGCAAUAUCUAUAAUGGCCUCUGGUGAUGACAGUAGGGCAACUCAUUCAGGCAAUAGAUCAGCUCUGCCUCCUCCCCCUCAUUUCAAAGAAGAAGAUCUUUCUCUCUCAGCAAGGGCGAAACAACUGGGUUUGACAAGUGGAGGUGAUCAGGCAUAUAUGCAUGGUGGACGAGGGAGUUUGUUAGGGUUUGACCCUGCUCUUGGGAAUAUCGUUGUAGCUCCUUCUUCGGGUACUUGUUCGAAGGAGAUGCGUAGAAUUGGGAAGGUGAGGAUGACAUGGGAAGAGUCAGUGAGCUUGUGGGCUGAAGAGGGAGAGCACCAUAGAGGGAGGGUGAAGCUUCCCGGUUCAAGCUUCUUGAACGCGGAUGAACUAACUUUCUUUGACGACGCCAUGAUUGCUUGCACCAUGGAAGCUUUCGAAGAUGGUCCUCUUAAAGGAUUCUCUGUCGAUAGAUUCGUAUCUGGACAGCAAGUGAAGGUCUUUGGCAGACGAAAGUCUUCCUCGUCUUCAGGUUUCAAUGAGAGAUCAGUUCAAUUAUCGUUGCCUGAACCAUCCGUUACAAGACCAAUAAUGUCGCCGUCAUGGGAGUUUCAAGACCCAAGUGAUUACUACGUGGGCUGUCUCCGAACUCCUCCAACGGCACUACCAAGCUUGUUUGAGCUCUCAUGGCACUUACAGGAGCCACCACCGGAAGAAUUCCGGUUUCCCCUCAGAAAGGACGUUUAUAAAGAUUUGCCUCAAGGGAAGGAGCUUUUCUUCACCACUUCGAUGGAACCAUUAGAUUGUAGAGCCAUCACAUACGAUAUCUUAAGCCCAAUUAUCCGUACUAACCCUAUUCUCAGUUUUGCUACUGCAACAAUCCGGGACUCUUUUAUUGGCUUAUGGGAUGAUUGUAUUAACCGGGUGGUCUCUAAAUUCUGUUCAGUCGAAAUGGUUAUCAUAAGAAAACCCUCGUCUUUUUCGACCGAGCCAAUGCAAGAUCAAUGGCCUAAUGUGACUGGCUUUGUCAGGAAUUUUUGUUUAUGGAGGGGAGAAGAGGAUGAUCAGUUAAGAGAAGGUCAAGUUGACCCAGCGUCUUCAUUAGUAGAAAAGCUUUUUUGGUCUUACAUGGAUCUUCCUUACGUUUUAGGUUACUACGCAGUUGGGUACACGGUGACGUUUUGUGCGUUGAGUCGAUCAUCACAAGAUCGCAUUAGCAGAACAGAUUUAUAUUCUCUAGACCUUUCAUCUCCAUCGGAGAGAUUAAAAGCCCUAGUCCCAUGCUACAGAAUAGCAGGCCUCCUGUCUUUGCUGGCCGAUCGUGUCGUCAACAGCAGCGUUAGCGGCAACUACAAGCAAUACCCUUUUAGUGAUUUCGAGAGAAUCGACCUGGGUUACAACGGAAACGCCAUGGAAAGGACUCCAAGCACCGUGACCAUGCUGUUCUCGAGUAAAAGAAAAUGGGCUGCACUAAAAGAAAUAUACGAUUUCCUGGACCAUAGAAUCCCUCAUGCCGAAUUCUUGUAUGGAUCAUCAGAGAAAGAUUUAGCAUUGGUUUUUAAACCCAGAGGCUGCAAAUCGAAGCCGACUAACUUCAACCAGCUCGUAGAGGCUCUCAAGUACGUGACCAAAGCCCUUGUUGCACUACACGAUCUCUCCUUCAUGCACAGAGACCUGUGCUGGGAGAAAGUGGUGAGGAGGAUCGACAGAGACAACGAGUGGUUCAUUUGCGGGUUCGAUGACGCCAUAGACGCCCCACAGAUAUACCCGCACGGAGUUGCCGCCCUGAAUGAGGCGCGUGGAAGACAAGCGCCGGAGAUGGGGAGAGGGUUGCAUGGGGUGAAGGUGGACGUAUGGGGCGUGGGACAGUUGAUGAAGACAUGUGGGCUCCCCAACUUGCCAAAGAUGCUUAGGGAGCUGCAGAACAGGUGCUUAGACCAGAACCCGGAGCAGCGACCAACUGCCGCGGACUGCUACCACCACCUGCUGCAGCUUCAGUCGUCCCUGUCAGCAUCCUCCGGUAGUUCUGCAGCCUAUUGACAAGACCACAUUGUUAGAUCAAACAUUGUUUUUUUUCUUUUUAACAUGAGAA